UCGUCCCAUCUUCCGCCUUUUUCGAAAAAGGAAACAAAAGUUUAUCGAAAAAAAUUCCCCUCUCUUUCUCUCUCCUCUCUCUAAGCAACGACGACACAACAGCAGCACCAAACGACUCCGGCGACCGUCCUCCAGCCGGGAAAUCCGCUCCUGCUGACGUGUUCGGCACCAAUUUCCGGCGAUCUUCUCUCUCCUCUUUCUCCUUCCACCUAAAGUUUCUCUCUCUAACAUCUGGAAAAAAGAUCAUAAUUUACCUCCCCUGGCAGUCGUCAAUGUCUGCCAGGGUUUUGUUAAAUUAGUGCGAAGAAUGAUGAAAUUUAGGGUUAGGGUUUUGUGAUGAUGCUAGUAGUGAAAGUUUGAAUAAAUUGAGGAAAUGGUUCGUUUAUUAGGGAUAACUAUUGGAGAGCCGGAUGAGUUUCCUAGGGAGAUUAUUAGGAAUAACUUGAUUGCUAGUAGUGAAAGUGUAGGAGAGAAUGGGUGGCUUAUUCGGUUUUUCGAUUCUGCGUUUUUCUGUGAGUGGAUUGCUGUUAGUUACUUGUAUAAGCAUGAGCACUCGGGUGUCCGGGAUUACUUGUGUAAUCGAAUGUAUACACUUCCUUUAUCUGGAAUCGAGAGCUACUUGUUUCAAAUUUGUUAUAUGAUGGUGCAUAAACCGAGUCCAUCAUUGGAUAAGUUUGUGAUCGAUGUGGCAUCAAAGUCUCUUAAGAUUGCAUUGAAGGUACAAUGGUUUUUGAUGGCUGAGAUUGAGGAUUCUGAUGAUAAUGAAGGGAUUAGUAGGAUCCAAGAGAGAUGCCAGAUUGCGGCCACAUUGAUGGGUGAGUGGCCGCCUCUUAUUAGGCCUCCAAGUGAGGUGGUCGGGUCUGGGGGUAAGAAUCAGAUGCUAAACAAGUUGCUUUCUUCGAAACAACGACUGUUGUCGUUGACUUCAUCCCCGCCAAUGCAGAAGUCAUUCUCGUUCUCGCCCUCAUCAGGGUCUAAUGUGGGAGAUGAAAGUGGGAAGAUGUCACCUGAUGAGAACAACAAGUUUAUUAAAAAGUUUAUGCCAGGUCAGAAAGUCAGGGAUGCAUUGCUCUUUAGAAAGUCGGCUGAGAAAGAAGAUGAUGACUCAGAGAAGGAUGGAUUCUUUCGGAGGCUGAUGAGAGAUAGUAAAGAUGAGGAUGAUGAGUUGACUGCGAGUUCAGAGGGUUUUUUUAAGCGGCUUUUCCGUGACAGUAAAAGUGAUUCUGAAGAGAGGUCAGUUUCUCGAUCAAUAGAUGAUGAUGAGAAAGAGAACUUUUUCCGGAAAAUUAUCAAGGAAGUUUUUGAUGAUAAGAAGGAUGGCAAUGAGAGAAAUGAUGAAGAAGACAAAGAUGGGACUAGGAAAUUUAUUGAGGAUGAAGAGAAGGAAGGAUUCUUCAGGAAGCUUUUUAAAGACAAGUUUGAGGAUAAAAAGGAUGGAAAUGAGGGAAAUGAAGAUGAAGACAAAAGCGGUUCCAAGUUGGUUAAGGAUGAUGAUAAAGAUGGAUUUUUCCGGAAGCUUUUCAAGGAAAAAUCUGAGGAUAAGAAGGAUGGAAAGGAGAGGAAAGAUGAUGAAGAUGAUGAGAAAGAAGGUUUUUUCCGCAAACUUUUUAAGGAGAAGCCUGAGGAGAAGAAAAAUGUCAAUGACAUCCUCAAUGAUGAAGACAAGAUCCGUGCCGGUGGUGAUGAUGAGGAACCUUCAGAUUUCCCUCUGUUCCGCAGGUUGUUUCGCGUACAUCCUGAAGAGGCAAAGACUGCAGCUUUAGAUGGAAAUGGUUUUGAAGGUAGUCCAGGAACAGAGAACUUCUUCCGCAAAUUGUUUCGAGAUCGUGAUAGAUCUGUGGAAGACUCUGAGCUGUUUGGCCUAAAAAAGAUAAAAGAGAAAAAUCUUGGUUCAGUCGGCUCACCCUCCCAACAGAAUCAAAAAACAAACUCAAAGCCUCCACUCCCAAAUGGUGCUGCGUCACAGUUCCGUAAAGGAGCAUAUCACGAGUCAUUGGAAUUUGUACAUGCAUUGUGUGAAACUUCCUUCGGCUUGGUGGAUGUGUUUCCAGUCGAAGAUCGCAAAUGUGCACUUCGUGAGUCCCUCGCAGAGAUCAAUUCCCAUGUGGCUGAAGCUCAGGCUGGCGGAGGAGUAUGCUUUCCGAUGGGGAAAGGGGUUUAUCGUGUGCUUAAUAUACCUGAAGAUGAAGCAGUGCUUUUGAAUUCCCGCGAAAAAGCACCUUACCUUAUUUGUGUAGAGGUUUUGAAAUGUGAAGCGCCAAGUUAUAUCAAAGAUACAUCAAACUCACAAAAGCUAUCUAAGGGAGGAAUUCCUCUAGCAAAUGGAGACGCACUAUUGCCAAAACCACCUCCAUGGGCUUAUCCAUUGGGGACAGUACAAGAGGCCUACCAUAAUGAUGACAGGAUGUCAAAGUCAACCUCUCAAGUGAUUGAUCGAGCCAUGGGUCAGUUCAUGGAUGCGAAAGUGAAGUUUGUUAGUGUUAGCCUAUCAGUGGAGGAUCAAUGCUGUGAUCAGCCAUUCCAUGGACAGAGUAAUUUGUUGAGAUUUGGGCAACUUGCUGAUCUGGAGUACGUCAGAGUUGUGUUGACAGCUGAUCCUAGACUUAGAUUUGAAGACAUAGAGGAUCAAGAGCCACCUCGUAGAAAAGAGCAUCGGCGUGUUCCGAGUAUGAUAGCGAUGGAAGAAGUAAAGGCUGCAGCAGCUAAAGGGGAAGCUCCUCUUGGGUUAUCUCUGAAAGGGAGCAGCCAAGAAUCUCCGGAUGAACAACAUAAGGCUGCAAAUGGUGGUCCUCCAAAGCCCACUGAUGCAUUGUCUGGUGAACUUUGGGAAGUGAAAAAGGAGAGGAUCCGCAAAGCUUCAGUUCAUGGAAUAUUACCUGGUUGGGAUUUGCGCUCUGUUAUUGUGAAGAGCGGUGAUGAUUGCAGGCAGGAGCAUUUGGCUGUACAGCUUAUCUCUCACUUUUAUGAUAUUUUUCAAGAAGCUGGACUCCCUCUUUGGCUGCGCCCUUAUGAGGUCUUGGUGACCUCAUCUUAUACUGCUCUUAUUGAGACAAUACCUGACACGGCCUCAAUUCAUUCAAUUAAGAGUAGAUAUUCUAAUGUCACAAGUUUGCGUGAUUUCUUCAAUGCAAAGUAUCAAGAGAACUCUCCAAGUUUUAAGCUUGCUCAGAGAAAUUUCGUGGAAAGUAUGGCGGGGUACUCUCUUGUCUGCUACCUUCUACAGAUCAAAGAUCGGCACAAUGGUAAUCUUUUGUUGGAUGAAGAGGGACAUAUUAUACAUAUUGAUUUUGGAUUCUUGCUAUCAAACUCUCCUGGAGGUGUUAAUUUUGAAAGUGCACCUUUUAAAUUGACUCGUGAACUUCUUGAGGUGAUGGAUUCUGAUGCUGAAGGAAUUCCCAGUGAAUUUUUUGAUUACUUUAAAGUUCUUUGCAUACAAGGUUUUCUCACGUGCCGCAAGCAUGCAGAGCGAAUAAUCCUUCUUGUGGAGAUGCUGCAGGAUUCUGGAUUUCCGUGCUUUAAAGGUGGCCUGCGAACUAUUCAAAAUUUGAGAAAACGUUUCCAUUUAAGCCUUACUGAAGAGCAAUGUGUCUCCUUGGUACUAUCCUUGAUAAGCAGCAGCUUAGACGCAUGGCGAACGAGACAAUAUGAUUAUUAUCAGAGAGUUUUAAAUGGGAUAUUGUGAUGUCACACUUGUUGUUUUGACAUGGCCAUACAUACAGAAUUGGCUCUCGAUUGAAGCACUUUGAUCGAAGUGGCAUUGUUAUUGAGUGCUUUUGGAGAUAGGAAAAGGAUAAAGGUGAGCAUACAGUCUGAUUAAUCGCCUCAAUUACUCUGGAUUAGAGUAUUUGUAACUUUAUCAGCAAAAAAAACUCAAUGGAAUGGAAAAAACCAGGAUGAAGGGAUCGUGUUUGUCCUUUUUUCUUUGUUUCAUAUCUUAUGAAAGCCGUGUAGGUUGGUUGGUUGACGGUGGUUUCCUCUUUGGCCAGAAUGAGUCGGAACUCUUCACUCAUUGUCCGAGUCCUGACACUGUAAAUAUUGAUUCUGCCGAGGGGUAAAACAGUCAGUCUCGAGUUUUUCAGUUAUUUAUCAAUUAUCAUACUCAGACACCAGCAUUAUCUCGAGACACCGGCAUCUAAGUUGUACAUUUGGGAAUACAAUUUGAAGGAGGUCAAAUGGCUUUGCUGGGACAUGUUUACCAUACUUACUACUGUCUGAGGGGCUUUCAUAUGUUUUUCAGCUGUGAAUUUUUUGUAUUCAUUGUGUGAGCAAGUUGGGCUGCUUUCUUGAGUGAUUUCAUGUGUAUAAUCAUCUUCUUUUUUUGUUUUGUUUUGCAGUUUCCUUAGCUUUAGUGAUUUGUAAUUUUAAUUUUUGUUAUGAAAAGCUUUUAGUGAUUUGUUUCCACCUUGACCAGGAACUUUUGUUUUGUUUUUUUUAUAUUAUUUUAAUCAGCUGUGAUUAGGCAACUUUUGAA